CGCGCGCGUCUCGUGCGUGUGUUUGUGGAUGUCUGCGCGGCGGGGCGCGGGAGAGGUGGCUGCCGUGCGCGUCGCGGCGGCGGGCGAAUGGGGGACUCUAUCCCGCUGGGCGCGCCGGUGCCGGUGGAGCAGGCGGUGCUGGAGACCUUCUUCUCGCACCUGGGCAUCUUCUCCUACGACAAGGCCAAGGACAAUGUGGAGAAGGAGCGCGAGGCGAACAAGAGCGCGGGCGCCAGCUGGCUCUCGCUGCUGGCCGGCUUGGCCCACCUGGCCGCGGCCGAGAAGGCCUAUCACAGCAUGACCUUCCUGGGCCAGAAGCUAGGUGGACAGUCGUUCUUCAGCCGAAAAGACUCUAUACGAACCAUAUAUACAUCUCUGCAUAAUGAACUGAAGAAGGUGGUGGCAACAGGUCGGAAUGCAUUGGGAGGAACAGCCCCUCACCUAGAAGAACUGCUGUCUCACCUGUCUGAGCAGCUCUGUUAUUUUGUUCAGGCUCGAAUGGAAAUUGCUGAUUUCUAUGAAAAAAUGUAUAGCCUUAGCACCCAAAAGUUUAUCAACUCCGAGGAACUGGUAAACAUCUUGGAAUCCAUCCUAAAAAAAUACAGCUCAAGAUUUCAUCAUCCAAUUCUUAGUCCUUUGGAAAGUAGCUUCCAGUUAGAAGCGGAUGUGCUUACGCAUCUUUUGAAGGCUCAGGCACAGAUCUCAGAGUGGAAAUUCCUCCCAUCCUUGGUCCAUUUGCACAAUGCUCACACAAAGCUGCAGACCUGGGGACAGAUUUUCGAGAAGCAACGAGAAACCAAGAAACACCUGUUUGGUGGCCAGUCUCAGAAGGCUGUACAACCGCCACACCUUUUCCUGUGGCUCAUGAAACUCAAGAAUAUCCUCCUUGCCAAAUUUAGCUUUUACUUUCAUGAGGCACUUAGUCGGCAAACGACGCCAUCUGAAAUGAAGACAUUGACUGCAAAAGCCAAUCCUGAUUAUUUUGGGAAAAUUUCCAGCUUUAUCAGGAAAUACGAUGCUGUUAACGUUUCCUUAAUCUUUGAUAACCGUGGAUCAGAGAGCUUUCAGGGACAUGGUUACCAUCAUCCCCAUUCCUACAGAGAAGCCCCAAAAGGUGUUGAUCAGUAUCCUGCAGUAGUUUCUCUGCCCAAUGACAGGCCUGUUAUGCACUGGCCCAAUGUCAUCAUGAUUAUGUCUGACAGGGCUUCUGACCUCAACAGUUUGGAAAAGGUGGUCCAUUUCUAUGAUGACAAAGUUCAAAGCACAUACUUUUUGACUCGCCCCGAACCUCAUUUUACCAUUGUAGUUAUUUUGGAAUCCAAGAAGUCUGAGAGAGACUCUCAUUUUAUCUCUUUUCUCAAUGAAACUUCCUAUUCCCUUAAGAACUCAAAAGCAUUUGCAAGUCUGAAGCCUGGAUCCAAAGGAUGAAAGGAUUUGCUAUUAAAAUUGUUUAUUGGACUGCAAGGAGACUGGCUUUUAAGGCUUCUAGAAAUGCCCGUUUGUGUAUGUUGGUCAUUUUUUAAAAAAAUAGAAGCUAUUUUAAUAUUAAGUAUUUAAUGUUUAAUAUUAAUAUUCAGCAUUUUUGGAAUGAAUAGAUUGAAUGAUAUAAAAUUGAAUUGGAAGGUGGCAAACUCCUCAAAUGUAGUGCACUAAAACUAUCAGGAUGGUGUUUUGCUCAACUGCUGUAUUUUUUUUAAGUCUAUAUGACACUUGUUUGCCUUUACCUAAAUGCACUUUAUCUGUUGCUGGUCAGUCACUUAGCAUCUGCUGGAAACAGAUUUGAAAAGGAAGCAGAUUUGAAAAGGAAUAUGGAGUGUGAAUCCCACCACCAAAAGCAGCUGCUUAUAUUAAAAGUAUUCUUUGGUCAUAUUCACUGGAAAGUGUUGGAACUUGAAGCAAAUAAUUGCAAUAAAUUAAAUGCAUAAUGGA